AUGGCGAAGCCGCACGAGGGUCCCCAACCCCGUGUCCGACAUGUCCUAGGUGAGCCCACUCUGGAGGGGCUGGCCAAUUAUAUCCAACGGCACGAUAUUCGCAAGAUCCUGUGUCUGGUGGGCGCGGGCGCGAGCGUGCAGGCGGGGAUCCCGGACUUCCGCUCCCCCAAAACCGGGAUCUACGCCAAGCUGGGAAAGUACCGUCUCAAUGACCCCACGGAGGCCUUUUCCCUCGCCCUGCUGCGCGAAGACCCCUCCAUCUUCUUCUCCAUUGUAACAGAAAUGGACCUCUGGCCCGGGUCCCACCGGCCCACCGCCGUCCACCACUUCUUGCGCCUGCUCGCGGACGAGGGCCGACUGCUGCGCUGUUGUACGCAGAACAUCGACGGCCUGGAGGGGGCCGCGGGGCUGGCGGAGGGGCUGCUGGUCGAGGCCCACGGCACUUUCCACACAGCCACCUGCAUCGACUGCCGACAGGAAUACGACACUGCGCAGCUCCGCUGCGCGAACGCGGGCGUCCUCAUCUGGCGGUGUACGGCCUGCGGAAGCAUCGUCAAGCCCGAUGUGGUCUUCUUCGGCGAGUCACUCCCCGAGCGCUUCUUUGACGUCUUCUCGAGCGACACCAAGGAAGCGGAUCUCGUCAUUAUCAUCGGCACCUCCCUGCAGGUACGGCCCUUUGCCCUGCUUCCGAUGGGCGUGCGGAGUUCGGUCCCGCGUGUGAUAUUUAACCUUGAGCGGGUCGGGGGGCGGAUGUUUUAUCUCCCCGAGGACGUCAUGGACGAGAAGAAGGCAUCGGGUCGGGAGGACAGCUCGUCGGCUUCGUCAGCCGCAGCGACGCAUGCUGAAGACGAUGGGAUUGCGAUGAAUGGAAACGCUGCGGCGACUCUUCACGGAAAUUGCGAUUUUGACCGCAACGCAUUAGAGGAGCCUUUACUUGGUGAGGUUGCCUCGGAUUCUAGCUCUAGCAGUAGUGAGGGGUUUAUUACUGAACACGAGGAGGCACUCCUUCGACCAGCGGUCUGUCGUGACUUGCUCAUCAGGGGGGAUUGCCAAGAGUCGAUCAUGCGUUUUGCGGAGUGUUUGGGGCUUGGGGAGCGUCUUCGCGAUGCGCUUCUCGAGCACGACGCGAGAUAA